UUUUAAAUAUACAUUUUUAUGUAAUGUCAAAUGACCGAAAUAGAUCUGUUUAUAUUUUGUGCAAAAAAAACAUUAAACGCACACAACUGAUUAGAUUCAUCAUCCAUGGCUACACGCCUUUGUUUUCCUGGCCAAUGAGAGUCGAAUGCGCGGUGAUUAGCACCUGAUUAGCACGACCCAGACCAGGACAUAUUUUAAUGCUAGAAUUGUUUUUGUUGUCUCGAUCUGUGAGGUGAGUCUCCGUUUGAGUUCUGGUUGAAUUUGGUGACCUCCAUAGACCACUUUAUCAACACCCAAACCAAAACACUGACACAAUCGAAACCCCUGAUUUAUGUAUCAAUAAAGCAGGGAGAGAAUAGGCAUAGGAUUGCAGAAUAUUAAAAGGAGGUUAACUCCACUCCACUUCAUCGCCAUGGAUCUCUCCCUUUCACCCUCUGUUUCUGACACGGUCUGUGUGCUCUGGGGCUGUGAGCUGAAUGACACCCAGAGAAAGGCAGUGUUUGAAAUAGCGGAGGAUUUGAUGGAGCAUCAGUUCUUUAUCCGAACGAUGUGUCUGAGUGCAGAGGCCAGUAAGGAGAUGCAUGUGGUGGAGGUACAGGACAGAGUUGGGGAAUGCUGCAAGCCAGUGCCCAUUGCCACACUUCACCCUAUGUGCCAACCUAUGGUCAGUUUCAGUGGGUUUGAGCUCAUCCCACCUGUCAUCUUCAACCUUCGCUCUGGGCAGGGCCCCCUCUUCAUUUCUGGACAGCAUUUGACAUUGGUCUAUGAGGAGGAGGAGGAGGAGAAGGAGGAGGAGGAGAAGGAGGGCUUCUAAUCAACACCCCCACUUGAUCACAGUGGUCUUCAAUAACAUGAUCACAUUUGAAGGACUUCAAUAAAACACAGCACAAAAAGUAGAA